AUGGCCGCCACCGCUCCCAUCCGGUGCGAUGGCAAGGUCACCUGGAUGGCCUUUGAGCCCGAGUCGUACGAGCACCAGCUGCAGGAGAAGACGAGCGCGAUGCGGUCCCUCUUUGGCGCCGUCCUCGCCGGCGUGGAGGUGCAGAUCUUCCCUUCCAUGCCGGCCCACUUCCGGCAGCGGGCCCGCUUCGCGAUGUGCCGCUUCGACGGCGUGCUCAAGUUUGCGCUCUUCGACAAGGACGCACCGCGCGUCGCCGUCGAUCGAUUCCCGGUCGCCUCGCGGGAGAUCAACGAGCUGAUGCCGCGGCUGCUCGCCGCGGUCGCGUCGUCUGAGGCGCUCUCGACUGGGCUCGAGGCGUGUCACUUCCUCGGCACCCAGACCGGCGACAUGCUCGUGUCCUUGAUAUACGGCGAGCCGAUGCACUCCGACUGGCGGGGCCGGCGGGCCGCGGCGGAGGCGAUGCGGGCCGAGCUCUCCCUCCCGGCGCUGCUCGGCCGCGCAAAGGGAACUCGCGUGGUGCUCGACCGCGACUCUGUGGACGAGACGUACGCGCUGCACGACGGGAGGCGGCUCACGUACCGGCAGGUCGAGGGCUCCUUCUCCAACCCGAGCGCGGCCAUAAGACGCUGGACUGGCUCUGCGAGCAACCACACCGUCGCGCUGGCGACGCACUUCUCGCACGUGCUGGCCGUCGAGAUCGACAGGCGGCUCUGCGCAGCCGCCGAGCACAACCUGGCCUCCAACGGCGUGCGCAACGCGACGGUGCUCGCCGCCGACUCGGGCCGCUUCUGCCGCUCGCUGCUGCGCAAGCUCGACCGCGGCGCAAAGGAGGCGGCGGCGGGGCGGACGGCGGCACCGCCCGAUGCCGAGCUUGGCGGGAGGGAGGAGCCGACACAGCCGGCGGCGGAGGCAGCGGCUCCGUCUGCCAACCCGACGACCCGUUGGCUCGAGGAGGCGCGAGGCAGGACGGACGUCAUCCUGGUGGACCCUCCCCGCUGCGGGCUGGACGCGGACACGCUGCGACUCGUGAGCUACUUUGACCACGUGCUGUACAUCUCCUGCAACCCGGAGGCGCUGCUCGACAACUUGCAGCGCGGGGGGCUCCUGCAGACGCACGCCGUGGUGCGUAGCGCGAUCUUCGAUCACUUUGCCUACACGCCGCACCUCGAGUGCGCCGUGCUGCUGCGCCGCCGCACUCUGUGUGAAUAGACCUCUCUACACUCUAGUCAACCAUUUCCUCUGACAGCAACAACAAAAAGAGUGCU